GCACUUCUUUGCCACCACGAGCAUGAUGCUUGAUGAGCAGGGACUGAGGCUACCCGUCCAUCUAGGGGCAUCUGGCCGGGGAUCUGCGUGGUUAUCUCCGUACGUACCUAUCCAUAGGUACUACUGAUAUACCUAUGUGUCGAGUAUCUUGUGGACGUCUCGAUCAGUUCAAUAGCCAGUAUUGGCCGGCAUCCUCAAUGCAACAAAAUUGUAUUUUUGAUUAAUUCAUUCGCUUGGAGUGCUUAACCGUCCGACAGAUUUGAUUGGCUAUCGAUUGAUUGAUUUACCAAGGUUGUUAAUUGAUUGGUCGCUUGUCUUUUUUUUUUUUGCUGUGAAAUUGUGUGAGGGGAGAGUGGCUGUGACUCUUUCUGUGCAGGGAGGGGACGGGGGCCGAGGGAGGAGGAAGGAGAGUGAUUGAACUGAAGGGGGUGAGAGAUGGCGAGCGUGGCGAACCCUUUCGACGUGCUGGAGCCCGUCGAGAGCCGACAAUCACGGCGGCGGAAGGCUCGACGCGGCGGCGGCGGUGGCGGCGGAAAGGACGGUCAGGGGGCCGGGGGAUUGAGGGGAGGCACACCUACAGCAAGUGGAAGCUCCACAGGAGCAGCUGCGAGUAAGGGCUCGGCGCGCAGUGGGCGAGGACAUGACGGAUCUGGUGCGGGUGGUGUCGCGACGACUGUGCGCUCUUCAACUGCAUCUGUCCAUUCUGUGUCUGCGUCAGUUGUGCCGCCGCAGCACCAGGGAAGAACAGGGCGGGAUCGGGGUGAGGAGACGAGAGAUGACGGGAGCGGAAUGCAAGCGCAAUCGGGAUCGGAAGAGGAUGGUGAUGGAAGAUGGGAGGUGGUGCGGGAGGGUUACGGCAAAGGGUCGAGUAAGCAAGGUGGGACUGGCGGAGCGGCGGGGAUCGGGAACGCGGCGGGAGCGCUGAGCAAUACCCUUACCAGUGGCGGCGGCGGCGGCGGUGGAGGCGGAGGCGGAGGUGGCGGCGCGGUAUCAUCCACACCCGCUGUGACGUCAAAUGCUGCCGUUGUGAGCGCGGGUACCGCGGAUGGAUCGCGAUUCCGAUCUGAGGUGCAACUGCCGCUAGCGUCUGCGGAGAUCAAGCGUAUCGAGUCCUUGGCCCUCGCUUGCGCGGAAGAUGACGACAACCGGGUUCGGCUUUGGCGGGAAUGGGCGAGGCGCGCCGGCGAAGUGGGGCCAACUGCAGCGCAAGGGAAGGAAACGACAGCCACAGUCCCCGCCUAUGCGCUAGGAGAUCCGACGGCUGCGAACGGACGAGUUACUUCUCUCACCUGGAAAGAGGUCUUUUUGCUCAGCAAGGGUUUGGAGAUCACUAUUGAGGGUUGCUUCUCGGCACCUUUCAGACCCGAGCAUCAGGCAGAGUUAGAGGCUUUGCUUUGUGCAUUAUUCCCAGCAUCCUGUGAGCCAAGGGCGCUUUCACCUAUUGUGGCAGAUUUUGUCAGCCUUGUUGCAUCGGAGCCGGCGAAGAUUGUGAAUUCGGCAAAGCUUGCAGUCUGCUCUACAGUGACUGCACUCAAGGUGCUCCCAUCGUCGUUGUCCUCCUCCUCCAAUUGCUGAACCCCAAUUCUCAAAAACUAUCCAUCUAUGCGUAUGACCACCUUCUUAUGAUGAUGUGUCCUGUUGUUGCUUGUCAUCAUGCAUGAGUCUGUCAGUUGUAACUGCUUUCAUAGUUAUGGUCAUCAAUGUUUAGACUAAUCAAACAAACACAAACAC